ACCAAUUUGAAUAUAAUGCACUUUGUGCUAUUGGGAAUGACUUGGAUUUGGCUUUGAGCGCUUCAAUGGGAGAUGAAGCCAUUCGUCAUAUCGAAAAUGCCAAGGCAAAAACACUUGAUAGAAUGGUAGUGCUGAAUGUAGCAAGAGAAUAUGCAUAUGGAGAAAUGAUUGAACAGGCCAGACAAGCUGCAAAUUUGAAACAACGAAGGAAAAGGAAGUAUGUAAAUAAAAAAUGGUUUUUUCAAGAAAACGACUUUUAUAAGAAAUCAGAGGAAGAAAUGGACUUUAUAGUACCGAAAGAGAAAGAAAUGAUACAUUCUUGUGUUACAACUGCGAAGGCCUGGGGCACUAUGCAAAUAAUUGCACCUCAAGGUCAGAUAGACAACCAUUUGAAAGAAAAUCAAGUAAAUCUCGUGAAACAACAAAGCACAACAUGCAAAGGAAAAACUAUAGUUGACUACUCUCGGGCCCCCAAACUAUCAGUAGUCAGAA